AUGGCCGCGCCCGUGUCGCAGCCGCCGGUGGCCGCCAGGGCGUCCACGCGGUUCCUCCCCCGUGGGAUAGGCGCGCUUCCGGAGUCCGCCCCCGCGUCCCUCCGGUUCUCCGUCGGCCGCCGCCACCGCGCCGCUCGCCUAGAGGUGAAGGCGUCCGGAAAUGUGUUCGGGAACUACUUCCAGGUUGCAACCUAUGGCGAAUCCCAUGGAGGGGGCGUUGGUUGUGUGAUCAGUGGCUGCCCACCCAGAAUUCCUCUCACUGAGGCAGACAUGCAAGUAGAACUCGAUAGAAGACGUCCGGGUCAAAGUAGAAUAACCACCCCAAGAAAGGAGACUGAUACAUGCAAAAUUCUAUCUGGGACACAUGAAGGGAUGACCACUGGUACACCAAUUCACGUUUUUGUCCCGAACACAGAUCAAAGAGGCGGUGAUUACAGUGAAAUGGCUAAGGCGUACAGACCAUCCCAUGCAGAUGCAACCUAUGACUUCAAGUAUGGUGUUAGAGCUGUGCAGGGAGGCGGAAGGUCAUCGGCCAGAGAAACCAUUGGCAGGGUGGCUGCAGGAGCUCUUGCAAAGAAAAUUCUGAAGCUCAAAUCAGGAGUGGAGAUCUUGGCAUUUGUUUCUAAAGUGCAUCAAGUCGUACUUCCAGAAGAUGCAGUUGAUUAUGAGACUGUAACCUUGGAACAGAUAGAGAGCAACAUCGUUAGAUGUCCUGAUCCAGAAUAUGCAGAGAAGAUGAUUGCUGCCAUUGAUAAAGUACGAGUUAGAGGAGAUUCGAUUGGUGGGGUCGUCACAUGCAUUGCAAGAAACGUUCCUCGUGGUAUUGGCUCUCCUGUUUUUGACAAACUUGAAGCUGAACUGGCAAAAGCUAUGCUUUCUCUUCCUGCAAGCAAGGGGUUUGAGAUUGGCAGUGGGUUCGCUGGUACGGACUUUACUGGAAGUGAGCAUAACGAUGAGUUCUAUAUGGAUGAGGCUGGAAAUAAGAAACAAAAUACUGUAUCAAGGGAGCAUGAGGAUGUUGAACUUUUGGCAAGGGGGCGCCAUGACCCGUGUGUUGUCCCUCGAGCUGUUCCUAUGGUGGAAUCCAUGGCUGCGCUGGUCCUGAUGGACCAGCUCAUGGCGCAUAUUGCUCAGUGUGAGAUGUUUCCGCUGAACCUUGCCCUACAAGAGCCCAUUGGCUCUGCUAGCAGUGCAUCUGAACUGGCACCAAGCCUAUCAUAA